GAGGAAUUCAACCCCCGGGAGUUACCAGGGUGAUGAGACGGUCACCUGCCAGGACCCGCUAACCCUCACAGGAGCGGCGGGAUGACCAAGUCGUACAGCGCGAGCGGGAGGAUGGGUCAGCCCCAGCCCCCUCAGAGACCCCCGGGCUGGACGGAGGAGGGGCUCAGCUCCCAGGACGAGGAGGGUGACCCCAAGGGGGGACACCCCCGGGACGCGGCCCGGGGAGAGGGGGAUCCUCGACGGCCGGGAGAGGAGGACGAAGAGGAGGACGAGGACCUGGAGGAGGAGGAGGAGGAGAUGGAGGAGGAGGAGGAGGAGGAGGAGGAAGGGGAGGAGGAGGAGGAGGAGAUGGAGGAGGAGCAGGAGGAUGAGCAGAAGCCCAAGCGGCGGGGGCCGAAGAAGAAGAAGAUGACCAGGGCGCGCUUGGAGAGGUUCAAGCUGCGCCGCAUGAAGGCCAACGCCCGCGAGCGCAACCGCAUGCACGGGCUGAACGCGGCGCUGGACAACCUGCGCAAAGUGGUGCCCUGCUACUCCAAGACGCAGAAGCUGAGCAAGAUCGAGACCCUGCGGCUGGCCAAGAACUACAUCUGGGCCCUGUCGGAGAUCCUGCGCUCGGGCCAGAGCCCGGACCUGGUGAGCUUCGUGCAGACCCUGUGCAAGGGGCUGUCGCAGCCCACCACCAACCUGGUGGCCGGCUGCCUGCGGCUCAAUCCGCGGACCUUCUUGCCGGAGCAGUGCCCCGCGGACGCCCUGGCCGGCCGCCUGGCGGGCCCGGCCCCGUUCCCCGCGGGCCCCCCUUACCCCUACCAGACGCCGGGCCUGCCCAGCCCGCCCUACGGCACCGUGGACAGCGCCCAGCUCUUCCACCUGAAGCCGGUGGCCGCGGCCCCCGGCCCGCCGGCCCCGCCCCAGCCCCUGCCCCCCGCGCCGCCCCCCGCCUUCGGCCCGACGGCCCUGGAGCCCUUCUUCGACGCUGCCCUGGCGGACUGCGCCAGCCCCGCCUUCGACGGGCCCCUCAGCCCCCCGCUCAGCAUCAACGGGAACUUCUCCUUCAAGCACGAGCCCCCGGGCCAGCUGGACAAGAGCUAUGCCUUCACCAUGCACUAUGCAGCAGCAGCGGCAGCGGCGGCAGCGGCGGCAGCCGCCUCCUUGGGUACCAACCCCGGGCAUCCCUCCGUCUUCUCCGGGCCCUCCUCGCGCUGCGGAGGGGGCGACCUCCCCCUCGACGCCCUGCUGCCCUACGAGGGCCCCCCUCACCCCGACAGGGGCCUGACCCAGGCCCUCUUCCGCGACUAGCCGCCGCAAUCAUCACAACGGCAUUGACUGAGCGCUCACCGGGUGCAAAGCACUGUUCUAAGCGCUGGAUGCAUUCGACCGU